UGUGUUUAAUGUACAAUGAAAGUUUCCAGGUUCAUACUUUAUGUUUUUAGAAGCAAGACAACACUCACAGCCAAAAUGGACUCAAAGCAAAGAGCACAGCUUUCUUUGGUAGGAUUUAGUUUUUGGCAUUAGAGUUCAGUUGUAAAAUUUUAGAACAAACCUUGAAAAAAGCAUCAGAGCCUCGGUGCCCGUUUUCACAGUUCUUGGAGUUGAACACCUCGCAAAAUUUUUGCAGAGACAAGUGGGCUGGUUCAUUCCAGCAGGUGACUGCUGAGCUGCUGUUCAGCCCCUCGGAGAGCUUCUCACCUCAGGUACAGACACACCUGCGACUGGUUCAGCGCACAUCUUUACAAAAAGGCUCACAUUUCCUUCUUCAACUGUGAAAACACAUGCACAAAAUUAAUAAUCGGCAGCAGAAACACUGGACUGCAGACUGCAGAGACCCUGAAAGAUGCAGAAACAAUAUAAAUCAGUGAGCCCCUCCGAUGACAUCACUGUGAAGACUGAGAAUGGACCUCAACCAAAGAAACACCGCUACAUACGCAAAGAAGGCAGCUGUAACGUUGUGUUCCGCCAUGUUCCUGAGGAGUGGCUGCUGUUUGUGACCGACAUCUUCACCACCUUGGUGGAGAUCAGAUGGAGGGUGAUGUUCCUGAUCUUUGCCCUGUCUUACAUCCUGUCCUGGCUCUUCUUUGGCAUUCUCUUCUGGGUCAUUGCUCUCACUCAUGGUGAUGCCAGAAGGCCCUCAGAAGAACACUGCGUGUAUGAGGUGCGCAGCUUCACAGCUGCCUUUCUCUUCUCGCUUGAAACUCAAACGACCAUUGGCUAUGGUUUCAGAGGAAUGUCCGAGAACUGCAUGAUUGCCAUCAUCAUUGUCACCAUACAGGAUGUCAUCAGCUGCUUCAUCGACACGUUUGUCAUUGGAAUUGUUGUUGCCAAAAUGGCCUCUGCCAGGAAGAGGGCGCAGACGGUGGGCUUCAGCAACAGCGCUGUCAUCAAUCUACGCGAUGGUUACUUGACUCUGUCCUGGAGAGUUGGGGACUUUCGCAGACACCACCUGGUGGAAGGGACAGCUUGCGCUCAGAUCGUCCGCACUACGGUGCACGCCACAGGGAAAAGGGACGUGACAUACGAAGAUCUGGUCAUCCAGCAGAGGGACAUUAUCGUGGCCACACCUACCACCAUCUUCCACAGGAUCCAACCUGGCAGCCCGCUGUACAAGAUGAGUUUGGAGGAUCUGCGGAAGUCAGACUUUGAGUUGGUGGUGUCUUUCACCUACACGGACGACUCCACGGGUAUUCUGCAUCAGACCCGAACCUCGUACACUCCACCUGAAAUUCUCUGGGGCCACCUGUUCCAGGAGAUGAUCAGGGUCACCAGGAGGCACUACACGGUGGAUUAUACCUUGUUCAAUCACACUGCUAAGGUGCUGGUGCCUGUGGUCAGCGCUGAGGAGUACGAACGGCAGAAGCGCCUGCGGCCUUCUCCAAGACAUUCCCCUCGACAUUCACCCCGAUGUUCCCCACGACAUUCGCCUCGAUCCUCCCCACGCCCCUCUCCAAAACAGCAGCAAAACCAUCAAGAAAAACUUCUGACACCUCCGACAGUAACUGUGGAGAUGGUGAAUAACAGUUGCCCUGAACCAACGGUUUCAACGUCAGCAGAAAAUCAACAUCAAGACACGUUGACUUUGCCAAAUGACCUGACAAAUACAGAAAUAUAAAAGCAGAGCCGUGAUUUAUUCAUUAAGACGUUGUGCUGAUUGUCCGUUCCUUCAAGGAAGCCGCUGCUACAGAGGAAUACUGAGGAUGCUACUGGAUCUCAUUCACUCUGAGAAUGUUAAGAGUCCUGGCUUCUGUUUUUUAACAUGCCAUUUUUUUGCAAACACAGAUCUGUGUUUUGAGUAUCAAAGACUUUACCCUUGUAGGCUUGAAAGAUGGCGCCCAUUUCAAUGAGAGCUGCUCAUCCAGCACUACAUGAAGGCUACUGAAGGAUCCUUAUCUGUGGGUUUCAAAUCAGAACAGGCUUUACACUACUUAAAGGCAGCCAGCAAGAGUACACCCAGAAAGUACUGAUGACUUAUGCUGCCUCCAUCGAUCAUGUGACCAUCACCUUGCAGAUGGUAACAGUCCCUUGAGUAUCCCCAAAGACUACUUCAAAAAGCCCCACCUACUCAUCCUAAAGACCAAACCCCAGGAACAGUGUCGAGCCUGAGGCCAAUUUGAUAUCAUGGCUCAAAUGUGGAAUUACAUCUUAAGGUCUGUAGGUUACUUUUUGGCCAAUAUUUCAUGCUGAUCUGGUGUAGCCAGCAGAUAUCCAAGUCAAGACGUACUCUUCCAUGUGCAAGUCAUUUCAGCUAACCCAUAUAAAUGCAGAUACAUGAGGUGACCCUAAGCUGUAAACUACUACAGCAAUUCAGACUGAAAAUGCAGCUGUAGUCCUCAAGUGAUGAAACUACAAACUUUUUACCGCCUUUCAAGCCUACAGGUAGUCCGCAUUUGAUACACAAAAUAUAAAUACUUACAACAGUAAGUAUAAAUGCAACAACAUUAGAAUACAAAGCCUUUAAUGUACAGAGACUCGCUAUUUGAGCUAUAAAUACAUUUUAAUAAAGUCUUUAUAUGGUUAAUGUAAUAUUCAGAUAAGGUGAUUGUGGACUUAAGGGCAAAUGAUGAAGGUCAGGGUGUAUAUCUAAGUGGGUGGAAAUUUGUUUUUAUAUUUUAUAUAGGCCUUGUGUUAAGAUUGUUUCAUUAACUGCUGUUUUUAGCCUUAAAUCUCAACCUUUGAGCCAACAUGGACGACAAAUGAGCUGCUGAGGAAGAUCAUGCACUACAGUCAGAAAGCUCCAGAACCCUUUGGUGAGACUGUUGUGACAAGUGCGAACAAAAAAAAAACAACUUAAGUUACAUAUUUAAAAAGAAAGGAACAGUUGCAGAAAAGACCUUAAGUUUUUACCUUAAGUGUAGGCUCAAUUUCUCCUUAGCUAAGGGACGUCCACAGUUGCACAGAAUCCCUUUAAAGGUUUCCUUAGUUAAGGAAAAAUGUUAGAUCAUUUACUGCAUUGAAAGAUAUUUUACAGCGGUACAAGUUUCCUUGGAGAUUGUUUGUUUGCUUGGACUCGUACUGGUGAUGCCUGUUAUCGUCUCACAAAGUUGGCUCAUCGUUAGAUAGAGAAAAAAUGGCAGAACAAAAGAAGACAAGGAAACCAUAUUGGUCAGAGGAGGACAAGAUUAAACUUCUGGAGGAAUACAAUCAUAGAAAGCACAAACCACAAAGUAAAUUUGAUCCCAAAUACCAGAAAACAGAAAAGGAAAGUAUAAAGAAGCAACAAAAAUUAAUUCAGUCAAAUCUUAAGUGUAAAAUCAAAAGGGAACUACUGGGCUCUCCUGGUCGCAGAACACUCUGGGUGUGUUCGCCUUUUUCAUUUACUACCAUAAACUCAGUCCUGUUGCAUUUAAGAGAGUUAGGGGUACCUUAAGUAUUUUUUUUUUUUUUUACCUUGCUUUGGUUGCUAAGGUUUUUUUGUGCAAUGGUCUAGGGAUUCCUUAAGUAUAAGACCAAGACAAGGUGAAAACCAUAAAUACUUUAGUGAGCAUUUUAAGGAAACCUUAAGAAAAAGACUUAAGGAUUUUUUUUGUAACCUAGCAACAGGGUCAACCACCACAAAGUUUCUGUCCCUUCCUUGCUCAGAGUUGCUCUGACAACUUCCAUAAAUCACUCCUAAGCUAGGACUACUUACUAAGUUUGGAGCUCUGAGAGGAUUAUGAGAAUGUUUGUGAAUACGGCCCCGGGACUUUAAGGAAAAUCUUAACUUAAGGUGUUUUGUGCAAACCGAUCUCUACAGUUUAUCCUUGUCUAAAGGCCCUGACACACCAAGCCGACGGUCGGCUGUUGACCAAAGUCGGGCUGUCGGUGAGCGUCUGUCAGCCUAGUUUUUGCGGUGUGUCCCACAUCGUCGGCACUUUGGACAAUUGAGCAUGUUGAAUUGCCAGCAGAGCUUGUCGGUGAGAGAGCUCACUCUGAUUGGCUGUUCAGGUUUUAUUUCCUCGCCCCUGUAGCGAGUGAAUCUGCCUGUAGUGAAACCGGGGCUAACCGGUGCUUCCUCCUCAGGCUCCACUUCACUCAGCUGCCCCACAGACCCGCUGCUUCUUCCCACUUUAACCUGAAUAACAAACCGGAGCUAGCUGGGAGCAGCUAGCGGAGCGUUAGCCGCAGCAUGACCGGAGGGAAGCACAGCCAGUUAGCCUCCGCUAGUCUCUGAGCUAGCCCCGGCUCUCCGGUUGGAUCCAACCGGAGCACCGAGCCCUGGUUUGUUAUUCAGGUUAAAGUGGGAAGAAGCAGCGGGUUUAUCGGGCAGCUGAGUGAAGUGGAGCCUGAGGAGGAAACACCGGGACCGUCUGGAUGUAAUAGUCCGUGGAGGUGCUGCGGUGCUCGGCUGCACAGAUAGGAAACCCCUCGGCUGACAGGAUGUACCACUCUCUCACUCCGCUCUCUCUCACGCAGGCGCAGAACGUACGUGCUACUUGGCCGUCGGAUGUAGUCCGUGUAGUGUGUUCAAAUGCAACUGACACAGGGCGACGUGAGGCGACGUAGACGACGCAACAGUUGGCUUUCGUCACCACUAGUUCUUUGAUGUCUGUUUGGUGUGUCUGCACCUUAAGGAGACUUUGACUAUCCCUGAAGUCUUGCUGCCGAGCACUGUAAAUAAACAGAGGUCACAGGGUGAUGACAGCAAUGUUCCUGUUUAUGAGUAAAGUCAGUAAAACAUUAUGUUUUCUUUAUGUUUGUGGUGGUGGAACACUGUUUGUUUAGUAAUUAACAGGAAGUCACGACUCAAAAUCAUUUCAUCAAAACUUUUUACACAAAAAUAAGUGAACUUGUGAUGAACCCUGCUUCUUGUCUUAGAUUUUGUAAAUGACAGAUAUUUUAUAUCUUCGAACGUCUUAUGAACAAAAGAAUUUGCGGAUCUGAUGUAACAGAGACCAACUGUGUUGUAAAUGUUGUUAUGAGGCUUCAUCAAGCAGAUUUUAUAAAAUAUCAAGACGACACCAGUGUCAACAAUUUCAAUAAAGUGACGUUUAAAUGUC